AUGUCCUACGAGCACGCCCUCAACAGCACGGCGGUCCAGGGAGGAAAGGACAAAAUGAUCAACGAUGAAGCCGUCCAGGUCACUGCCGCACAAUCACCUCUCGGCCUGGACGAUGCAGACUGCGAGAAACAUGGCGCCGGUCGCGAGUCCAAUCCCCUACCAGACCUUAAGCGGAAGCUCAAGAGCAGACAUUUGCAGAUGAUUGCCAUCGGUGGCACGAUUGGCACCGGUCUUUUUAUUAGCAGCGGCAGUGCUAUCUCGACCGCAGGCCCUGUCGGCGCUUUGAUUGCAUACAUCUUCAUUGGAUCCAUCGUCUUCUCAGUUAUGACGGCAUUAGGAGAGAUUGCUACCUACCUGCCCAUUCCUGGUGCCUUCACCUCCUACGCUACUCGAUUCAUUGACCCUAGUUUGGGUUUUGCUAUGGGUUGGAUUUAUUGGUUUUCCUGGGCUAUCACCUUUGCCCUCGAGCUCACGGCAACCGGGUUAAUCAUCCAAUUCUGGAACAAGGAUCUCAACAUAGCGAUUUUCAUUGCCGUCUUCUGGGUCUUCAUCACACUCUUUAACAUGCUCCCAGUCAGCUUCUUCGGCGAGCUAGAAUUUUGGUUCUCUAGCAUCAAAGUCCUUACUGUCAUAGGCUUCAUGAUUUUCGGUGUUUGCAUCAACGCUGGCGCAGGACAAGAAGGCUAUAUUGGAUUUCGCUACUGGGUAGAUCCAGGUCCAUUCGUAGCCUACGAGGGUAUUCAUCCUCAUUCGACAGCCAAAUUUGUUGGUUUUUGGGCUGUUCUCGUCCAGGCUGCCUUCGCUUACCAAGGGACGGAACUGGUUGGUAUUGCUGCCGGCGAGACUGAGAAUCCUCGCAAAACUGUGCCUUCGGCCAUCCGCAAAACGUUUUUCCGUAUCCUGUUCUUUUUCGUGUUGACGAUCUUCUUCAUCGGCAUACUUGUGAAAAGUGACGAUAACCAGCUCCUAAACGCGAAUGGAAACGACGCGAAUUCGUCCCCGUUUGUCAUAGUGGCCAACAAUGCUGGGGUGGCAGUCCUGCCAGACAUCAUCAACGCGGUUCUGCUGACUGUGGUUCUUUCCGCCGCAAACUCCAACGUUUAUAGCGCCAGUCGCAUCCUGAUUGGCCUUGCCCAGGAAGGGUUCGCUCCCCGUUUCUUCAAGAAAACCUCGAAGAACGGUGUGCCUUACUACAGUGUGGCGUUCGCGUCAGCAUUUGGCUUACUUGGAUUUAUGAACGUUUCCAAUUCUGGCGCUACUGUUUUCAACUGGUUUCUGAAUAUCUCUAGUGUGGCCGGUCUGAUUUCAUGGGCGUCCAUUCUGGGAUGUCAUCUAGCAUUCAUGCGUGCUCUCGAAGCUCGUAACAUCUCUCGGGACCUCCUCCCCUAUAAGGCGUUGUGGCAGCCAUGGUUUUCAUGGUAUGGGCUUUUCUUCAACGUUUUGAUUAUCCUAACCCAGGGAUUCACUGCCUGGCUCAUCAAGUUUAGCGUGUCGGACUUCUUCGUUGCCUACAUCAGCGUGAUUCUCUUCGUCGUCCUUUACCUUGGCCACAAGAUCGUCUACCGACCCGCGUUUGUUCGCCCUAUUGAGGCGGAUAUCGACACAGGCCGUAUUGCGCUGGAGAACGAAUACUGGGAGACUACCAUAUCCGACGAGAAGUGGUACAAACGGGUGUAUACCUCAAUCUUUUCGUAG